GGGAAAACAAAGGAUCUUCCAUGGGCGAUCGCUGAGAAGAUCCGCAAGAACAAAAACAUCAAAUUCCUUGAAAUCAGGAAUCUUAUUCGAUAGUCUAUUUGAGCCCUUGAUCUGGUAAGCUCUGUCUGAUCUUCUAAAGUUUCGCUUUUUAACUUUUGGGGAAAUCAUCCACCUUUGUAUCAAGUUUCUGGCAAUUUCUUCUCUGUAGUUAGAAUCAUUCAAUAAGCCCUUUAAUCUCUUCGACGCAGCUAGUGUUGAAUUACAUCUGGGUUUUGUCUACUUUGUGUCAAAACCAUGCUUUUAUGUUUGAUUUUCGCGAAGUAUGAUUUAGGUUCGAUUUUAGUGAAAGAAAGACUUAACAGUUGUAGUUAACUGAAACUAUGCGAUAUCUGAUUACGUUGGUGUUAUGAUUUUAUUGGAAGGGUUUUGGAAAUGAUUCCACAUUGUAUUGUAGAUCUCAUUGACUUUUGGUUUUUGAUCUGUUUCUCAAUCCAGAUUCUUUAUACUUUAGUUUAACAAGUGACAAACUUUGAUCUUUGAUUGGUUCACCAACGUCUUUGAAGGUUUUUUAUUUGGUGAAAGUUUUGAAAUGGUGCUGGUAUUGGCAUUGGGGGAUCUCCAUGUACCCCAUAGAGCGGCUGAUCUACCUCCUAAGUUCAAAUCAAUGCUUGUUCCUGGGAAGAUUCAACACAUCAUCUGCACUGGAAAUCUCUGCAUCAAAGAAAUCCAUGACUACUUGAAGACUAUCUGCCCUGAUUUGCAUAUAGUUCGAGGGGAGUUUGACGAAGAUGCGCGAUACCCUGAGAAUAAAACCUUGACUAUUGGGCAAUUCAAGCUGGGAUUGUGUCAUGGCCACCAGGUGAUCCCAUGGGGUGAUCUAGACUCACUCGCCAUGCUUCAGAGACAACUGGGCGUCGACAUUCUCGUAACAGGCCAUACCCACCAGUUCACAGCGUACAAACACGAGGGAGGAGUGGUGAUAAACCCGGGCUCUGCAACCGGAGCUUACAGCAGCAUAAACCAAGACGUUAACCCAAGCUUUGUCCUUAUGGACAUCGAUGGUUUCCGAGCUGUAGUCUAUGUCUAUGAGCUAAUCGAUGGAGAAGUUAAAGUCGACAAGAUCGAGUUCAAGAAGCCCCCUACUACCAGCUCUGGUCCGUAGUUCCUUAAAAAAAAACUUAAACCGUUUUAUGUUUUCGUCUGAAAUCACUCCUAAACAUUUAGAACUUUCUUGUGAAAAAUAAUAUUUUUAACAAUUUGCAAAACGAACCAUUGAGAAUAAACAACUU